GCAACGUCAACAAAGGGGAAUAUAAUCCUUAUCGACUACUGGCUACCCGUUACUUAGUAACCUGCUUAUGAAUCCGUGUACCACACAAAAGUAGUACGUUAAUAUUUAUGAAUAUAAAUGUAACAACAACAAAAUCGAUUGAGUAAGAAAGUGAUCUGAAUCUAAGAGAAAAUAGUCAAUGUUAUAGAUUUGACUGAAUAUAAAACUAUAAAGGCAGUGAAAAACAUACCCCCCCCAUGUUUUUGAACAAUUUGAAACAAAAUCUAUAAAUAGAGAUGGGUGCAUUUCAUCAAGUUCAAAAUUUUCUUGCAAUCUUCGCAGCAUCAUUUCAAAUUAGUUGCAAUACCCACUGCAUAUAAGAAACAUAUAGGGGCGGAAGCGUUUUCUUCAGCUGGCAACAAACACAAUUGCGAGCACAAUAUACCCAUGUAUUGUGCAAUUACCGGGUACACAAAUAUCAAAGAGUCGCUGAGCCUGAAAUGAGAAAUAUAGCCAAACACAACGCAUUUGUUGUUCGAAGCGUUCGGAACGUGGACGGAUUGAGCUCCGCUGGGAACCGCCUUCUCCACAUCAACAGCCUUUUGAACCACAUUCCAGUUGGGAUUCGCUUCGGCCCAGCUUUGUAAAACAAUGAAAUAUUUUGGCGGAGUCGAAGGCGGAGCCACCCACUCCCGGCUGGUCAUCUGCGAUGAGAGCGGCCAAUCCGUGGGCGCCACCAGCGGCCUGGGCACCAAUCACUGGGGCAUCGGCAUUCCGGAGUGCGCCCGCCGCAUCGCGGAUAUGGUGGAGCGGGCGAAGGAGGAGGCAGGCAUUCCCAGGGACACACCCCUCACCAGUCUGGGAUUGAGCCUCAGCGGCUGCGAGCAGGAGGCCACCAAUCGCGAGCUGGAGCAGGAGCUGCGCACCACGUUUCCGGAUCUGGCCCAGAGCUAUGCGGUGUCCAGCGACACUAUGGGCAGCAUGUACACCGCCUCAUCCAUCGGAGGAAUGGUUCUUAUUUCAGGAACUGGAUCCAAUUGCCUGCUGCGAAACCCUGAUGGCUCCACGUCCAAUUGCGGCGGCUGGGGCAACUUCCUCGGCGACGAGGGAAGCGCCUGGUACAUCUCGUAUCGCGCAGUCAAGGUGGUGUUCGACCACAUGGACAACUUUGAACAGUCAGCGGCUCCCGUGGAGAAGACUUGGGCUUUGAUCAAGGAACACUUCAGUCUGGAGACGCGCUUGGAUAUGCUGCCCCACUGCUACGCCAAGUUCGACAAGCCCUUCUUCGCCAAUUUGUGCAAGAAGCUGUCGCAGAACGCCGAAAGUGGAGACGAGCUGGCGCGCGGCUUGUUUCGCGAGGCCGGUGUCCACCUGGCCAGGAUGAUCCUUGCCCUGCUGCCCAAUGUGCACCAGGAUCUGGUCAAGUCCGGGGACCUAAGCGUAGUCUGCGUGGGAUCGGUGUGGUCCAGUUGGGAUCUGCUGCAGGAGGCCUUCAUCAGUGAACUCUCAAAGACAAGCAUCGACUUCAACCUCAAGCUGGUGCGCAUCACCAAGAGCAGUGCCUACGGAGCCUGCUACCUGGGUGCGGAUAGUGCGAACUUCGAUCUUCCGAGAAACUAUGCCGACAACGUCACAGUUCUCUACACGUACACCGAUCCUCGAAAGAAAGCCAAGGCCACCAACGGCGUAGCUGCUAGCUGAGUUGUGGUAGACAACGCAUUCCGAAAUACACUUCCCAAUUGCCAAAUUGACAAUUAAUAUUCCAGUUAGUGGUACGGAUAGAUAGUAUUAUAGCUUAUCAUGAAAUAAAUAAUGUUAUCUUUUGACGAAAUCCUCUGAAAA